CUGAGAAGUUCCUUGAGUCAGUAGAAGGCAAUCAGAAUUAUCCAUUAUUGUUACUGAACUUGGUAGAUAAAGCCGAUGCCGAACAGUCAAUACGUGUCUCUUCAGCUAUAACAUUCAAAAAUUACGUGAAGCGUAAUUGGAGAGUGAUUGAUGACGUUCCAAAUAAAAUACAUGACCAGGAUAGACAAACUGUGAAACAACUUAUUGUUGGUCUGAUGUUGAAAAGUCCAGAACAAAUUCAAAAACAGCUGUCAGAUGCUAUCAGUAUAAUAGGUAGAGAAGACUUCCCAGCAAAAUGGCCGGACCUGCUGUCAGAGAUGGUGUCCAAAUUUCAGACAGGAGAUUUUCACAUCAUCAAUGGUGUACUCCGUACAGCUCAUUCUAUAUUUAAAAGAUACAGACAUGAAUUUAAGUCACAGGAACUAUGGUCAGAAAUCAAAUUUGUGCUAGAAAACUUUGCAGCUCCAUUCACACAACUAUUUAAUAGUACCAUGGAACUUGCAAAGACACAUGCCACAGAUCCAAAUGCCUUAAAAAUCAUCUUUAGUUCAAUAGUUCUAGAGUGUAAAAUAUUCUACAGCCUUAACUUCCAGGAUUUGCCGGAACAUUUUGAAGACAACAUGCCCAUCUGGAUGACAAAUUUUCUCCAGCUUCUAUCUAUAGACAAUAAACUUCUAAGAACAGAUGAUGAAGAAGAGGCAGGAUUAUUAGAGCAGGUUAAGUCACAGAUUUGUGACAAUGUGGCCUUAUAUGCACAGAAAUAUGAUGAGGAAUUCUCCCCUCAUUUACCAGGCUUUGUUACUGCUAUAUGGAACUUACUCACCUCAACAGGGCAUGAAGUCAAAUACGAUCUGCUUGUGAGUAAUGCUAUACAGUUUCUGGCUUCUGUUGCCGAGCGACCUUCUUACAAGAGCCUGUUUGAAGAGCCAACUAUUCUUGCUAGUAUAUGUGAGAAAGUCAUUGUUCCUAACAUGCAGUUCAGAACCUCGGAUGAGGAAUUAUUUGAGGACAAUCCAGAAGAGUAUAUUAGACGUGACAUCGAGGGCUCAGAUGUAGACACACGGAGACGUGCAGCCUGUGAUCUUGUGCAAGCUUUAUGUAAAUCAUUUGAAGGUCCUGUUAUACAGAACUUCUCACAAUAUGUACAAGGACUUCUUACAGAGUAUGCAUCCAGCCCUACAGAGAAAUGGAAGAGUAAAGAUGCAGCAAUAUACCUGGUCACAUCUCUAGCAGCCAAAGCUCAAACACAAAAACAUGGUAUUACUCAGACAAGUGAACUAGUAAAUAUUACCGACUUUUAUAACACCCAUAUAGCUCCUGAUAUACAAGACCAAGAUAUUAAUUCAAAGCCGGUUAUAAAAGCUGAUUGCAUAAAGUAUUUAAUGGUGUUUAGAAAUCAGUUACCUAGAGAGGCAUUACUUGGUAGUUUUCCACAUCUAGUGCGUCAUCUGUUGGCACAGAGCCAUGUAGUUCAUACAUACUCGGCACAUUGUAUAGAAAGAUUAUUAAUGGUUAAAACACCACAAGGUGCUGCGGCGAUAACGUAUGCAGAUGUACAAGGUUGUGCCACUCAGCUCAUUGAGAAUCUGUUUGGUGCCAUGCAACUUCCAGGAUCAACUGAAAAUGAAUAUCUUAUGAAAGCUAUCAUGCGUAGUACGUCUAUGAUGCAUGAGAAUCUUAUACCACUUGUAUCUGUUAUACUGAAAAGUCUGACAGAAAAACUGCUGUUGGUUGCCAAGAAUCCAAGCAAGCCACAUUUCAACCAUUAUUUGUUUGAGACGAUGUGUGUAACAGUGAGAACAACAUGUAAAGUAAAUCCUGCAGCUGUUACAGAGUUUGAGCAAGCUUUAUUCCCGCCAUUUACUGAGAUAUUACAGCAAGAUGUACAAGAGUUUAUACCGUAUGUAUUCCAAAUCCUGUCGUUACUCAUCGAGCUUCAUUCAGACUCAAUUCCUGAGACAUACUUACAGUUAUUCCCACAUUUGUUGACACCGUUACUGUGGGAACGGCCAGGAAAUAUUCCUCCAUUAGUGAGACUGUUACAGGCAUACAUAACUAAAGGAGCAAAACAGAUUGAGCCUGAAAGAUUGUCAGGUUUACUUGGAAUAUUCCAAAAGUUGAUAGCAUCAAAACAGAAUGACCAUGAAGGUUUCUACUUGUUGAACUCUAUGGUUGAGAAAAUGCCUUCGUAAGUUGCUAUCUUAUAUGUGUUUAAGUGUUUUAUACAUUUUUUCCAGGAGGCGAGCUCCAAAAAACAAAAAUAUCAAAAAAUAAAGGGUUUAUUGGUGUUUUUCUGUGUGUAUGCGAUCAAAUUCGGAGGAGAUUCCUUGAUACAAAUGGUAGAUGGGAUACAGGCAAAAAUGUUUGGUAUGGUAAUAGAAAAGUUAUUUAUUCAAGACCUUCAGAAGGUUUCCGGCACUUCUGAAAAGAAAAUUUGUGCUGCAGGAGUAACAAAACUUCUGACAGAGGCCCCUAGUAUGAUCUCAGAAUAUGGACAAUUAUGGCCGAGACUUCUACAGGCAUUGAUUGGAUUGUUUGAACUACCAGAGGAUGAAAGUGUUCCACCGGAUGAACAUUUUAUAGAAAUUGAUGAUACACCAGGUUAUCAGACAGCUUAUUCCCAGCUUGCCUUUGCCGGGAAGAAGGAACAGGACAUGUUAUCUGAAUCAGUACCACAGUUAAAGAUGUCUCUAGCUAAGAACCUGGAGAAACUGGGUGCUGCUAAUCCAGGAAAGUUGAUGCCAUUGAUAAGUUCCGGUUUACAGUCCGAGGCCCAGACAUUUCUACAACAAUACUUGUCUACAGCUGGCGUCACCCUUACAUAAUGACAGGAAUCUCAACAUUACCUCUAUACGGAACAGUGCUGAAUGAUUUCCUCUACAUAUAUUAGUUUACAAUCCGAGAUUUCUUGCUACAUAUUUAAGUUACUCUUAAAGAUUAAACAAUGAGAGAUGACUUACUGUUACAAAAUAAUAUAAUUUCUUGUGACAUACAAUAAAAAAUGAUUUCCUGUUACAUGUAUUAAAAUCCGAGAUUUAAUGUGUACAGGUAUCUUUAUGAGGGUUAUCAGGCUUUCAGUGCUUUUGUACUCUUUGGCAUUAUAAUAUCAUUUAAAGUUUCAUGACUGUUUAUUUCAUAUAUGUUUAUGAUACGGAAUGUUAGAACAGGGGUCUCUUGGAAACUUAUGAAAUCUGUGUAAAUAGCCUUUUCAUAUUGUUGCACAUUGGCUUUGUAAGCAAAUUAUUAGAAAAAAAUAAAUCUAUCACAUUGAUUUAUAAUGUUCUAUCACAUUGAUUUAUAAAACUGAGAUAUCACAUUGAUUUAUAAAAUUAAUCUAUCACAUUGAUUUAUAAAAUUAAUCUAUCACAUUGAUUUAUAAUGUUCUAUCACAUUGAUUUAUAAAACUGACUUAUCACAUUGAUUAUGACAUUGAUCUAUCACAUUAAUCUAUCACAUUGAUUUAUACAAUUGUAUAUUGUUAGAAAGGUUAUUAAGAAUUUUGAAGGUCUUUAUUAAAAAUGGCUGGCCAGUUUACAAAAAUAGUUCAGGAAGAUCUUUGACAGACACAUAAAAUACGUUUGUAUCAGAGUUACUUCACAUAAUUUUGCCUCAAAAACCAGAUUUAUUUUAAUAUUACAUGAUAUAAUAGACUUGCCAUCAACUAUAGUUUUUUUAAAAGUUACACUGUCUUUGUUUUUGAAUGUGUUAGAAAGGGAAACAGCAUUACAUAGCCAAGAUAUUAAUUGUUGUCAUUUAAUCUAAAAUUAAAAACAAAUGUGUAUUCUAGAAGUAUAUUCUGUUGUCCUAUAAGUCUGUCAUUAUUACCUAUGUUGGUACUUCAUAACAUUUUUGUUUGAAGUAGAAAAAGAAAUGCUGUUUGCUUUUGCUUGUUCAUCGAAAAUGUUGUGUUGGUGUCGUGUUAAAAAUAGCUCAAUAAAUGGUGAUGAAAAAAACUUUGUAAAAUUAUGAGGAAACAUUUACAUGAUACAAAAGUUAGAAUGCUGUACAAAACUUGAAUGUUCAAAUUGUAUAAUGCAUGCAUACAUAUAGUUCUGAUAAAUAUUGGUAAUGUUAAACACUUGAUUGUAUGGUGAAACAACUAAUAUAUACACGGAUAUUGUUGAAGGAAAAUCUUUAUGUUAUAAAGUUCUUACAUAUUGUAUAAAAUGCUAUGAAAAAAUAAAUAUAUAAAUGAUAUAAUCAUUUAAUGUAGAAGUGUGCUGUUCUAGUAAUUUCCUUAAAGAACAAACUUUAUGCUAAAAAGUGCUAGUAGAAUGUUUUGAGUUUAUUAAUAAGAAUAUUAUCAUUUAUACUACAAGUGUUGAUGUAAAAAAACGUAGAAAAUCAGUUUUGCAUAGUAAUAGUACUGACUUAUUCUAUCAAAAAUAUUGAAGAAAUGCAGCUUUGUAAUUUCCAUGUGAAGUUGUUGAAUAAAACGUUACAUUGUA